UGUUGGGGGUGUGGGCUCACCUGCUGGGUUCUUUGUGAUGUUGGCCAAAGCUGGGAAGGGCUCUGACCUCUGUCAGUGGAGGCAGGAGGAGAAGGCAGAAGAAACAGAGAAAUUCCCUUUGUGGCUGCAGACCCUUUGCAAGGGGAUGCUGUAAGGAGGUGGAGGAUGGACUGACAGAGCCCCAGCAGUUUCUUCUCCAGCCAAGGGGCUCAGCCUGCAGGGAAGGAGCCGUUUUUGGACACAAACAUCCCUCUGGCUGCGGCGAGGGGAGAGGAGCUGCGGAUCGAACCCGCUCCUGGAGGAGAAAACACCGCUUUGGUUUGGUGUCUAAUUAGAUAUUUACCAGGAAGGAAGGAAAGAUAUAAAUAGGGUGACAGUGACUUCAAAGGGUGUUUUUUGACUUCUAAGAAUAACACCUUUGCUGGCGCCGAUUUCGGGAAUAUCGGCUGUGCCUGGGUGUGAGAGACGGAGGAGGUGUCGCAGCUGGGUCGGCAGCCAAGGGAGCAAACCCAGACCCCAGCCCCCGUCCAGGACAGCUGAGGAGGGGACAGAGCCCGGGGACAGCUCAGCUGCACCCGCAGGGACGCAGCAGGGGGAGUUUGGUGCUGCUCAGGGGCAGGAGGAGACGAGUGGCACCAUGGGGACCCUGUCCCCGAGGGCAGUGCUGGUGCCCACCCUGGUGCUGGUGGCACUCUGGGCUCCCUGUGUGGUGAGCAGGCAGCCCAACUUCAUCGUCGUCCUGGCUGAUGAUGUGGGCUGGGGGGAUCUGGGUGCCAACUGGGCAGAGACGAAGGAGACCCCGCACUUGGAUCAGCUGGCUGCCGAAGGAACAAGGUUCGUGGAUUUCCACUCAGCUGCCUCCACGUGCUCGCCGUCCCGCGCCUCGCUGCUCACGGGGCGCCUGGGGCUGCGCAACGGGGUCACCCACAACUUCGCCAUCAGCUCGCUCGGGGGGCUCCCCCUCAACGAGAGCACCCUGGCUGAGCUCCUGCAGGGGGCUGGGUACAGCACAGGGGCUGUAGGCAAGUGGCACCUGGGACACCACGGCCACCAUCACCCCAACUCCCGUGGCUUCGACUACUACUUUGGGAUCCCCUACAGCCACGACAUGGGCUGCACAGACAGCCCUGGCUACAACCUGCCUCCCUGCCCGCCCUGCCCACGGCACAGCACCAGCAGGGUGGCGAGGAAGGACUGUUACACGGAGGUUGCUCUGCCUCUCUACCAGAACCUCACCAUCGUGCAGCAGCCCGUGGAGCUGGGCAGCCUGGCCAGGCGCUACGCAGAGGAGGCCGCACGGUUCAUCCAGAGGGCCAGUGACAGUGGACGUCCCUUCUUCCUCUACCUGGCCCUGGCCCAUAUGCACGUCCCACUGACCCCCCCAGUGCCCCCUGCUCCGGGCAGGGGCGUCUACGGAGCCUCCCUGGGCGAGAUGGAUGCGCUGGUGGGACGGAUCAAGGAGGUGGCUGACAGCCUCGGGAAGGGCAGCACACUGCUGUGGUUCACAGGUGACAAUGGCCCCUGGGCACAGAAGUGUGAGCUGGCAGGGCGCCUGGGGCCAUUCGUGGGUGCCUGGCAGAGGCAGCGAGGUGGGAGCUCGGCAAAGCAAACAACCUGGGAAGGAGGGCACAGGGUGCCAGCCCUGGUGUACUGGCCUGGCCGUGUCCCUGCUGGGAGGACGAGCCACGCUCUGCUCAGCACCCUGGACAUCUUCCCCACGCUGCUGGCCCUGGCUGGGGCAGCUCUGCCCCCGAACAGACGCUUUGAUGGCUUGGAUGUGUCCCCAGUUCUCUUUGGCUGGUCGGACGUGGGGCACAAGGUGCUGCUGCACCCCAACAGCGGCGCGGCCGGGAAGGUGGGCGCGAUCGAGGCGCUGCGGCUGGCCCAGUACAAGGCCUUCUACACCACAGGAGGAGCCAUGGCCUGUGAUGGCAGCACUGGGCCGGAGGAGCGGCACCAACCACCCCUCAUUUUCAACCUGGACCGUGACCUCCAGGAGCAGGAGCCUCUGGAUGUGGCAUCCAGGGAGUACCAGGCAGUGCUGCCUGCCAUCAGCAGGGCUUAUGCCCAAGCUCUGCAGGACAUUGCAGCAGACAAUGUCUCGGUUGCAGAUUAUUCCCAGGACCCAGCUGCAAUUCCCUGCUGCAACGUGCAGCACGUGGGCUGCCGCUGCCACGGGGCCACACAGGAUCCCCACCUGGAAAACAGAACACCAAGGCUUUGCCUUUAAGCAAAUAAUUGCUCAGGCUGCUCCUUUCCCAAGUGGGGUGUCUGUGAGCUCCAGGCUGGAGGUGGCCAUGGAGGGAUGGAGGACGUGGUUCCCUUUGCCCUGUGCUGGAAGAGGGAGGUGAGUUGGGUGUGGGUCUGGGGGAGCACACAGAGGCUCCCCUUUGGACCCUGGGCAUGUGGAAAGGUUUUUGUGGGCUCUUCAUCUGGGAAAGAGA